AUGUUGGGUGACUUCUGUCUCAUAUGCGGUGAGAUGAUUGAUGGACAGGGAUUUGAUGGCAGCGCUUAUUGCUCUGCGGAAUGCAAAUAUCACCAACAUAUUAUGUCCGAGUCAGACUGGUGCGACCUCAGCUUGGAAGGUUGGUUGACCACGGUUUUGUUGGCCCAGACAAGUCCGUGGAAUUUGCAGAAACUGCAAGCGUCUGGAAGACUAGCAAUCCUCUGUUUGGGCCCGCCGGCUUGCAAGCUGCUGUUACCAUUGGAUCUGGGCGAGCAGUCAUUAGGGGCAAAGGCAGUGGCCGAGCAAUACCUCGAGAACCGGCCGCAGGAUCAGGAAGUGCCCCUUGUAGGGCUCUGA